AUGCCCUUUGUGCAGCCGCAGAAACAACUCAAGCGGCGCCGGAAAAUCGAGGCCUUCCACCCGCUACGGAUCCCCAGCCUCGAGUCGUUCCUCUGCGGGGACUUUGAGGCAGGGCCAAGGAGGACCUCCUACUACAGCCAACCGGCCACUCAGAAAAUGGGCCGCAAAUCGCAAAGGCCCGCCACCGAGUCGGACACCAGAGACAUUGGGGCGAUGUUGCAGAAACCCAGACAAACACCGUCCGGAGACCGGCGGGAAGAGGCAUCUGUACCUCACAGCCCCAGACAGCACUUACCGCACCAGCGGACCCCACAGGGGACUCAGCCCCAACUACCAGGGGAGAUCCAAAGGCUCUCUUGGCCGAUAUCCAUAAGCUACUGGCAGCGGAUUCGGCCAUAUUCAAAACACAAUUACAAGCCGUAA